AUGCUGCACUGUAACUGCUACAGAGACAUCAGCAUCUCUGCUCUGACCAAAGGCACUUCUGGAGUUGCAUGUCCAACUAAAAGAGCACUACAAGAUGUGUCACUGAUGGAGUCUGAAGAAACCAAUGAGGGAGGCACCACUCCCCCAGAAGCCAGCAGCACCACUGGGGAAGUUUGGGGUUCUACAACAGUCAGAAGAGAGCAUCAUGCCCCUCCUGCAUCAGCCAAAAUGAGCAUGAGCCCAUCUGACUCUGCAAAGGGAGCAGAGCUCAGCACUCCUGAGCACUGCCUCUCUGCUCCAGGGAAAGCAGCAGAGAUGCUGGGCAGACCCUCAAAACCUGUGCCAAAAGGGCCAGCAGGACUGCAACAGGAGCAAGGUGCUGCAGAGCCUCCAAAGGGACUCUCAGAAUUGGAAGGAGAAACGCUUUUAGAGGAGGGUGUUCUGAAUUGUUCUCUGAAACUCAACCAAGUGGAGCUGGUUGACCUAGAAAGCAAGCAGGACUCUUCUCUCAGCACAGACCAGGAUGGGGAUGUGGAUCUCAGUGCUGAGUUUCCUCAGUGCCAGGCAGAACUGACUUCCCAUGGCUCAGACCCUAAUGCCCAGCACCUGAAAUCACCUUUGGCUGAUGCCUUUUCCUCUCAGAGGGAGAUCCCUAAGUGCUUCUUGGUGUGUAAAACUGUUUCAGAGGGGCAUUAUAAAGCUGAACCCUUCCUGAAUAAGGUCUCAGAGCAGAAGCAAAGCAACCAAAAAGUGGCACCAGCAACUGAUGAGCAGCCUACCUCAGAGGAAGCAGUAGAGGACACUUCUGAAGAUGCUAAUGAAAGCCUAAGAGCAUUUCAGAGUUUGGAAGAGAAUUUAGUGUCUUCUUCUGCCUGUCAGUUGUCUUCCACCUUAACAGAUGACAGCCAAGUAAGUACAGUACAAGCAGAAGGAAGUGUCUCAAGGGGUGAAACAAGGAACAGCAGCUUGGUCAAAGCCCAGGGAGCAGGAAUGGUUGCUAAAGAAAACUCCUCCACUUCCAAAUGCCUUCUUCUGGAAGGUGGUGACAGGAAAACAGAAGGCAGAGCUGCCUCUCCAGCACAGAGUGACCUCCAAAGAAGGGCUGUUGGUGAGAAAGCUGAGGAAGUAAAUUCUUCCCAGCAUGAAGAACAAGCACAGGAUGAGGCAGUGUCUGAACUUCAUCAGGAAGAGAAGAAAGAACCCAAAGAGCAGAAUCUGCCAGAAGAAGGAAAAUCUUUGAAGCCCAAAGAUGGUAAAACCAAGGAACGAAAUAAGCAGGAACAACUGCAGAGGGAAGAGCUCCGACUGAAAGAAGAGCUCCAAACACAGCCUCUCUCAGCAGCUUUCAGGUCAGAGAUCUCUUCUGUUCCCAGGCAUGAUGUGGACCCUUGUGGUCUGGAGAAUGCUUUAGUGGCUGAGCAAACAGGAUCAGCAUUUCCUCCUGGGGAGCCUGUCUCUGUGGAUCAGCCUCCUGCUGAGGACAUACUGCUGAAAGCUCCUUCCACAGAAGCAGGUUCUGGAUGUCAGCCACCUGCUGACAGCCCUCUGUCCUCAAAUAACCUGAACCCAGGAGGUGAAGCUCCAGUGGUGCCCUCUCACACGUGCCAUGGCUCUGGCCAGGUAGAAGAUCUGGAGGACUCUGGCCGCUUUUCCAUUGGUGGUCAGGAGAGUGAAGAAGCUGACUGGGAUGAGAGGGCAAGAGUGGGCAAGGAGAGGGAGCACAGUGAUGGCCAUGAAAAGGCUGUCCAGCAGGUUGAUAGAGAUGCACUGCUCUGUGGAGCACAGAACCAAGAGGUUUCCCUUCCAGCACACCCUUCCUCUGCUACCAAGGACUUGGAGCCACCUGAUCCCCUUGCAGAAAAUUCAGGAGAAGCAGAGCUUCAGGAAUUCAUUCCAGCUUUACCCUCAGAGCUGAGCUCUCUGGCUUCAAUGUCUGGCCCAUCACAAGGCUGUGCUAGUGGAACAGCCUCUGUGACCCCUGAGGACUGUCCUGUUGCCAACCUUAGUCUGCUAGACUCUGUAGAGAAGUCAGGCAACCAAGCAGCUUCUGUAGCAGUGCAGGAGCCAACGUCAGGAGAACCUCCUGCUCCAGGUAUUGAUCCACAGGAGGCCAGCACUUCCCAUGAACUCCUUACUUCUGAGAAAAGCUUUCAUGAAGACCUCACUGGCCCCUCUGCAACCCACAAAAGCUGUCUUACCCUAGAGGAGAGCCUUCCUGAGGAUAGGAGGAUUGGGGCUAUCAUUGCAGGUCCUCUGGAACCACCCCAAACACCAGGCAGGACUUCCACUCCCCUAAACCACCUAGAGACAAUUCAGCACAACCUCCCAGAAAGAAGUGCCACUGCCCAAGGUAAAGGACACACAGCAAAGAUGGAUCAGGGAGCACAAGAAAUGCAGUCAGGCUGCAGUGUAAACCCCAAAGAGCCUGGAUCCAGGAUCUCCAGUGUCCUGAGCACACUAACUUGGCCCUCUGAAGAAGAUUCAGCCCCUGCUGAGAACCAUCAAGAACAACCUCUGUCCCACUCAAGCCUACCUCUGGUGUCUGAGCCUGAUGCCAACCAGCUUCCUCAGCCUUCUUCCCACCUCCCAAGCCCCAGGCAAGCUCAGUCCCCUGCACUCAAUGCAAAUCACCUCGCUCAACCUCCAGCCCUAGAAAGUCACCAGCCACUGGCUCCUGAACCUUACUCCAGGCCACAUCUCAGCUCUGGGAUGGGUGAUAGUAAGUUACUAGCCCUUCACCCUACUCUAAGCCAUGCUCCUCAGACUGCUGCCUCUGUGUCUCGUUCUCACACCAUGGCCUCUGCUUCUGAUGGAGAAGAUGGAGCAGAGAAAGGUGACCUUGUUCCAGUAACUAGAGAGUGGGAUCUCAGUGACUCAGGUACCCAAGAUACAGAGACUUCUGAUGACUCAGGGGUCAGUUUGUUGGCAAAAAGCUUUUCUGCUGGUGGGAAUGAAGCAUUGGCUGGCUGCUCUGACACCAGCCCUGACCCAGCAGACCAACACAUACGGUGUGGCAGCUCCUCACCUGACCACCCUUCUUGGCCCUCCCUGGAGGGCCUGCUAACAUCCACAGACUCCAAGAGCAGAGACUCUGCCCAGCCUCCUCCCAUGCUAGCAUUCACCAACCCAAUCCACUUUCUCCAGCUCAGCCCUCCAUCACCACCAACCACCAGAAAGACCUGCCAAGAGGAGGAGGACUCAGGGGAACUACGGUGGGAGCACCAGGCAAGCAUCUUUGGUCUGGACACAAAGAACUUCCGAGUGCCGUUGGCAGUUGCAGAGAAAACAGAAGACGAGAGAAGGGUCAAGCAAAAGCUGGAAGGAGAAGGAGAACAUCACUUGGUAGCUCAGCCAAAGGAAGAAAUGCCAAGACAUUCACCUUUGGAAAAAGCAUCGAGUUGGCCAGAUAAAACAGCCAGCAGGGCAGCUGCACAGGAGCCAGCAGCUCCUCAGGAAAGCCCAAUGAAACGCCGAGUGAAGAGCAAGGACUGGCACCGUCAGGGCUUGAAGAGGGCAUCAGUACCACCAGACAUCUUGCAGGAAAUUCCUUCUCUUCCCUCAGAAGAAGAAGCUCACAAGGCACACAAGGAACCACCAGUCAGUUCAGAAACAGUUAUAUUGAGAGAGAAGAAACCUGCAGACAUGGUGGAGAACUUCAAACGCCGGCACUCCAAGCUGAUCAACUCCUCAAGACUUCUCUACCAGGAGUACAGUGAUGUGGUUCUGAACAAGGCCAUUCAAAGCCAGAAGAGAGUGGACUCUUUUGCAGAGGAUAUAGAGUCGAGCUUCCCAAGCUCCCCAAGGCUGCGCAGGAAAGUGCUGUCUCCCCAGGACUCCUAUUUACAGCGUCUGUCAGUCUCCUCGACUGCAUCCCUCUGGCAGGACAUCCCCAUGAUAAGGGGCAGCAGGAUCCUACUCAAUAUGUCCCGUGAUGAGCAGAAGCUACAAGAGGCCAAAUUUGAGUUGAUCAUGUCUGAAGCUUCCUACCUGCGCAGCCUCAACGUGGCAGUAGAUCACUUCCAGAGGUCAGCAGAGCUGCAGGCCAUGCUCACCAACCAAGAACGCCAGUGGCUCUUCUCCCGCCUUCACGACGUCCGCGACGUCAGCGCCAGUUUCCUCUUUGACUUAGAGGAGAAGUUUGAGGAGGACAUGUUCACCUUCCACGUGUGUGAUGUGGCUCUGAAGCACGCCCCCGAGUUCCGCAGGGUCUAUCUGCCCUACGUAACAAACCAGACAUACCAGGAGCAAACCUUCCAGCGCCUGCUAAAUGGAAAUGCAGGGUUCCAACAAGUCCUGGAGAGACUGGAAAGUGAUCCAGUGUGCCAGCGUCUCUCACUUAAAUCCUUCCUCAUCCUCCCUUUCCAGCGCAUCACUCGGCUCAAACUCCUCCUGCAGAAUAUCCUGAAGAGAACUAGGCCUGGCUCUGAGGAGGAAGUGCAAGCAACACAGGCCUAUGAUGCACUUGAAAAGCUCAUCAAGGAUUGCAAUGAAAAUGUCCAGCGCAUGAAGAGCACUGAAGAGCUGAUCUACCUCAGCCAGAAGAUCGAAUUUGAGUGCAAGAUCUUUCCACUCAUCUCACAGUCGAGACGACUUGUGAAGCGUGGUGAGUUGACAGCACUGGACUUCAACACCCUGAGUCCAAAAUGGAAAGUCACCACCCGUCCCAUCUACCUACACCUUUUCAAUGACUGUCUGCUCCUGUCUCGGCCCAAGGAGGGUGGUCGAUUCGUUGUGUUUGAUCAUGCUGCUUUCUCAGAUGUGCGUGGGGAGAAGUGUGAGAUGAAACUGCAUGGGACAAACAAAAACGUUUUCCGCCUCUUUCUGCUCCAGAAUUACCAGGGGAAGAGAGUGGAGUUCUUGUUUCGUACAGAGACACACAGUGAGAAGCUGAGGUGGAUCUCUGCUUUGGCUCCUCCACGAGGAGAACUGGACCUCCUGGAAUGUCCUGAUGCACCACAAGUUCAGUGCAUAAAGUCGUACAAGGCUCGGGAAAACGAUGAGCUGGCUUUGGAGAAAGCAGAUAUCAUCAUGGUGAUGCAGUACAGCAAUGAUGGAUGGAUGGAAGGAGUCAAACUUUCAGACCGGGAGAGAGGCUGGUUCCCCUCAGAAUAUGUGGAACUGAUCUCCAGCAAACAGGCAAGGCAGAAGAACCUGAAGGAGGAGCAACGUGUGAAGAAUGCCAAGCAGCAGGUCUUCUGCAAGAAAUAA